CGUCGGCGAUCGUGUUGUGUUCAAUUCAGAACUUAUCUGGUUCGAGAACAGUCAAUAUCACGUGUCCCAAAAGACAGGACGUGUACCGUCACAACUACAUGCCCCAUCGGUCUAGCACGAUAUUAUAUUUGCCUACUAAUCAAGCGUAUAAAAUCUGAAUGACUGACAGGAGAACUUCGACGUCACUCUCCGUAUUAAUUCCUCUCCCCUCGAACAAUCUCAUCAGCCUUUUGAUCUAAGACUGGGACCCUUUCCCGUUCCUAGUCCGAGCUUCUUCAUUCUUUGAGAUUGUUUCCCCGUAGUAUCACCCCCCGAAAGAUGACGGACUUCAAUGAACCGGAGACUAAGCUUGAAGCUCUUUUGAACAUUAUCAACUCCUCUGCGCACCAAGCAAUCGCAGAGUACAAGAAAACCGGACAUGGGGUCCCCAGUGCCGACGCAACGACCUUCCACCCCCUCGACCUGACGACGGAUACACUUGCCCUCAAAAAGGCGAUCAGGCUGCUCGAAGGCGCAUACCAUCAACUGAGCUCAAUACUGGCACCCCCCCAGCACACGGUGAUGAAUUUUGUUCUCAAUUACAACUGGGUGUGCACAGACGUUGCCCUCCGAGCGCGUCUUGCAGAUGUUCUGGACCAACAUCCGGAAGGCCUUAGCGUGGAUAAGCUGGCUGAAGCAGUCAACUUCGACAAGGUCAAGACUGCACGCGUCUUACGAGCUUUGACCCUCAUGGGCUGCUUUAAAGAAGUCGAGCGAGACGUCUUCGCAAACAACCGACUAUCCCUUAUACUCAAGUCAACGAACAACACUGGGUGUUAUGCGCGACUUCAUAGCCAGGAUGUCUCGAAAUCUGCCGGCAUUGUGUAUGAAACUAUGAUUGACGAAGAAUUUUCAAGGUCUCAUGAGAUUGACAAAGCACCCCGGGUAUUUGCCUUCAGAAAGGAGGGUAUAGAGGUUAACCAAUACGAAAUGAUGGAGGGUGACGAAGAGAAACGUGAUGCUUUUCACAGAGCCAUGCUUGGCCAAAGUGAUAUGUUAGGCGCUUCUGCAGUGCUGCACCACUAUCCUUGGAACGAUAUAUCAUCUGUGGUGGAUGUCGGAUCUGGCAUUGGAGCAUUUUCCACUCCUCUGGCGAAAAUGUACCCUCACCUUAGAAUAACCCAUCAUGAUCUCCCGAAUGUCAUGGUUCUAGCACGAAAUGCAUGGGAGAGGAAUGUUCCUGAGGCAUUGCUUGACGGCCGCGUGGAGUUUAUCCCGAUUGAUUUUCUCGAGGACGCACCUGUUGCUGGGAAGGAUGUCUACUAUUUGAGGCACAUUAUCCACAAUUGGCCGGACGCCAAGGCAACGACGAUCCUCCGCAACAUUCGCAAGGCAAUGGGACCAAACAGCCGAGUGUUAAUCCACGAUUGCGUGAUUUCCCACACAUUUCAAAAGCCUGAUGUAGAAACCAACGGAUUAAGCGUCGCCCCUGAACCUAUGUUGCCGAACUUCGGGGCAGGCAGUCACAACGCGUACCAAACAGACCUGACUAUGUGGCUCACAUUCAAUAGCAUGGAACGAACCUUGGAAGAGCUGAAGAUCAUUGGGGCUGCCGCUGGUCUGGUGCUCACUCAGGUUUAUGAUCUUGUAGAUACAAUGCUCGUAGAGCUCAGGAUCGCUCAGAGCUGAUGCCAACAACAAGAUCUCCAAAUACAUGGCCUGUGCCGUAGGUAUUUAGCGCUAUAGCAAUCACGGAUCUGCUCAUGGAAUCGUACGAGAUACCGUGACUAUGGACGACUUUGCUGUAUGCUACCUACUUUUCAUGCAACUGACUUCCUUGUCCCACCGUCUCUUUUACCAAACGUAUUCCAAUAACUUUCGCUUCGUAGGCAUUGCCGGGGCUUACACU